AUGCGAUUGUUAACGGAUACGGAAAUAAAAUUACCGAAUAUAAGAAAAUUGGCGGGAAAAAGUAUUAACUUCAAGAAUGCAUUUGCUCAACAAGCGUUAUGUGCACCGAGUAGAAACUCUAUAUUGACCGGUCGCCGACCCGAUUCCGUGCGAUUGUAUGAUUUUUACUCUUAUUGGCGAGAUGAAGUUGCAAAUUUCAGUACAAUACCGCAGUUAUUUAAACAAAGAGGUUACGAUACCUACUCUGUUGGCAAAGUAUUUCAUCCAGGACGCAGUUCCAAUUACACAGACGAUUAUCCUUACAGCUGGUCUGUUCCGCCUUUUCAUGCCCCUAGUGAAAAAUUCAAAGACGCAAGAGUCUGCAAAGAUAACAUCACUAAGAAAUUGCAAAAGAAUCUCGUAUGCCCUGUGACUGUUAGCGAUCAGCCAGGAAAAACUCUGCCCGACAUAGAGAUUUUGGAUGAAGCUCUGAAUAUAUUAAAUGCUAGGAAUGGCAGUAAACCAAUUUUUCUUGCGGUGGGAUUUCAUAAGCCGCACAUACCAAUAAAGUUUCCGAAAAACUUUCUAAAAAAAGUCCUGAUAGAUAAAGUAUCGCCGCCACCACACCCUACAAUACCGCCACGCCUGCCGACUGUGGCUUGGCAACCUUGGACAGACGUACGCCGUAGAGACGACAUAAAAAGACUUAACAUUACAUUUCCGUUCGGAAUUAUGCCUCCAGAGUGGACCUUGAAGAUGAAACAAAGCUAUUUCGCGGCAUCGCUAUACGUGGACAGUUUAAUAGGAAAACUAUUAGAUCGUGUUGACUUGAGGAAAUCUAUUAUCGUUCUAACUAGUGAUCAUGGAUGGUCUUUAGGUGAGAACGGCAUGUGGGCAAAGUACAACAACUUUGAUGUUGCGCUGAAAGUCCCUCUGAUCAUUUAUCACCCCGAAAAACAUCCCAAGACUGUGGAAGCGCCAGUAGAGCUUAUCGACUUAUUCCCGACACUAAUCGAACUGGCUGGCAUAAAAAAUGUAUCCAAAUGUAAAAAUACCUCGCAAAUAUCGUGCUAUGAGGGUAGUUCAUUACUUCCUUUGAUGAGUAAUCAAAAGACAGAUAAAAAAUUCGCUAUCAGUCAAUAUCCUAGACCCAGUAUAAUACCACAAUCUAAUACAGACAAACCCCGCCUUAAGGAUAUAGAAAUAAUGGGAUACAGUAUUCGAACAAAAAAAUAUAGAUACACAGAAUGGAUAUCAUUUAAUAGACAAUUUAUCAGAGACUGGAACACAGUUUAUGGUGUGGAACUAUAUGAUCACAUAAAAGACCCAGACGAGGCAAACAAUGUAUACUUAGAAGAAAAGUAUAAGCAUGUUAGGAAUAAACUAUCAAAGUUACUUAGGACGCAGGUAACAUGA